AUGACUGAUAUAGUAGUUGAGCCAACAGCUGUACCACCAACUGUGGCAGCUGCUAAAACAGUGGUUGAUUUAACAAGUUUAGGUGCAAUGCUGUUGUCACAAGGUGCAGAAGCGAAAACAUAUAGAUUUGCAUUGAAUGGAUUAGAUUGUAUAGUUAAAGAGAGAUUCUCUAAAAAGUAUAGACAUCAACAGUUGGAUACAAAGAUACAGGCGAAACGUCAUCUCAUGGAGAUACGUAACAUCAACAAAUGUCGUAAACAUCAAAUACCGGUGCCUGCACUCUAUUUCGUUGAUAAUAUAUCGAAUAGAAUCUAUAUGGAGAUGGUAGAUGGUAUCACUGUAAAAUCAUUCAUUCAACAGCAACAACAAUCAACUAAUAGUAAUAAUAGUAAUGAAAUAUUGAUAAAAUUAUGUCUUGAAAUCGGUAGAUUAAUAGCGAAAAUGCAUGAUAACGGUGUAAUACAUGGUGAUUUAACAACUUCGAAUAUAUUAUUAAAGAAUGAUGACAUUGGUGGUAACAGUAAGAUCGGUGAGCUGUUGGUAUUCAUCGAUUUCGGAUUGAGCUAUGUUUCGGUGUUGGUGGAGGACAAGGCAGUCGAUUUAUAUGUUUUGGAGCGUGCUUUCUUAAGUACUCAUCCAGAUUCAGAGCAAAUGUUUGAUCAGGUUAUCAAGGGUUAUGCUGACUACUCUGCAUCAAAAACAAAAGCAACUCUAUCGAAAUUAGAUCAAGUACGAUUACGUGGAAGAAAGAAGCUUGCAUUUGGUUAA